UGCAGAAUGAAGAACCUUUUUUCCGACACAUACUUUUCACCUUCUUACAGUUGAGAUGCGUACACAGAAAUGGACAGAGCGUUCUGUCUGUACUCUGCGUUCCCAUCGUCCCCUGCAUUUCCAUCAGGAGUCAUAGGGGGCAGUGUAGGGAACAGCUACUUUGCCUGGACUUUGUAGAGAGGACAGAUUUACCUCCUCCUCAGUCCACAUCUUUGUGUGCUGCCAUAGUGGAUGUAUCCAUGGCAAUGUAAAAGACGCAAAGGAGUAUGCUGGCAGCGAAUGUUGCGUUGUUUGAAAUGGACGCAGUGCUCUUCGCAUGUGGAGGCUGUAUAAGUGAGCCAUCACUCCACACUCCUCUAAGAGGGAUGCAAUAUUACUGAUUGCAGUUACACACUGGGUUGCCUGAUUGGUCCAAUUCUAGCUUGCUAAGAAAAACACCCAAAUUAUCCAAACUGCUCAUCUUCAUCAGGAAAUUCCUACUCUGGUACAAUCUAUACUCUCUCCAGUUAACCUUGAAAGACCAUGUGCUUCCUCUGGGCUUUAAGAUUCUGCAGAUCAGGAUGUUCUCUUCCAAAGUACCAUGAUCUAACUACUGCUAAUGCGCUUUAUUGAAUAUAUACAGUAUGAGACCAAGUAUUGGUUACAUGAGCAUCCCAGUCAACCCAGUUAACUUCAACCCAUAUGUGCCCUCACCGUUCAUUAGACUGACUCACCCAGUAAAUGCAGUGCAGCAGCUCUCAGUCUAGCAUGGUGGGUGGGCAUGUCCCUGAAAUGCACUGGUGCACUUAAAGAUAACAAGGACUACCUCGUGGGAAGGACUGUCUCAGAUUCCAGCCAUUGUCUAUUCUUACCUUCCGAAGAUAUGAUGUGUUUGUCGCUCAAGUGAAUCUUUGGCCUGAUGCUGCGCUCACUUAAGAGAGGAAGAAAAGAGUCAUGUAGGGAUGACAAUAGCCUCCGUGCAAACACAUAACUGACGCAGCAUCACGGUGCAGUUUCGCAUGUGCAACUUUCAACUUCCCAAUUUCAACAAAUUGUUGAAACGAAUAUCUAGAAGUGUGUAGAUGGAGAGAAUUGAGACCAAGUAGGUGCUCGCAGCCAUGCUCCUGUGUGCAAAAUGUGUAACUGACAGGUUGAUGUGCAUUUCAUUUACAGGGUGAAACAUUGCCUACAGCGAGGAAUACAAAUAACUGGAAGGCUCUUUAAGAAGGCGACUGGAGACUUGCGAGAUUGGCAGAACCUAUUAAGAAGCAGUCUGUAAAAGCAUAUCCAGACACAGCUACAUCCAAGAAUGAGGAUCAAAUACACAAUAUCCAUUGUCUUUUUUGUGGCACUUGUUAUCAUUGAGAAGGAAAACAACAUUAUCUCAAGGGUGUCGGAUAAGCUCACGUUAAAGCAGACCCCCCAGACCCCUCUACAGCCAAGUAGCUUCUCCCACAUACUGCUGAAGCACAAUGCUUCCAUUACGCCACCCAAGAAUGACUCUGCCUUCACGCUGAUGAAGCGGCGCCUGGAGAACUACAGCGAGCACCAGGAGGUGAAGACAAGGGGCAGGAAGCACAUCCUCCUGCUGGCCACCACCAGGACCGGUUCCUCCUUUGUGGGCGAGUUUUUUAACCAGCAGGGCGACAACAUGUUCUACCUGUUUGAGCCGCUGUGGCACGUGGAGAAGAUGCUGACACUGGACACUGGAGGCACCAACGCCACAGCGUCAGCCAAGGCGUACCGCAACGUGCUCCAGCAGCUCCUCCUGUGUGACUUCUCGCUGCUGGAGAGCUUUAUCGACCCUCUCCCUGUAAACCAUAUCACCAGCGCUCUUUUCCGCAGGGAGUCCAGCAGCUCUUUGUGCGAGGAGUCAGUCUGCAGCCCCUUCGUCAAAGGGGUCUUUGAGCGAUAUCACUGCAGGACAAGGCGCUGUGGGCCCCUGAACCUGACCAUGGCGUCUCUGUCCUGCCUCCAGAAGGAGCAUAGGGCCAUCAAGUCAGUGAGGGUACGCCAGCUGGAGACCCUCCGUCCUCUGGCUGAGGACCCACGUCUUGACGUGAAGUUCAUUCAGCUGGUUCGGGAUCCUCGGGCUGUUCUGGCCUCACGCAUGGUGGCCUUUGCAGCCAAAUACAAGAACUGGAAGGAGUGGGCCGCAGGUGGGGACAUACCCAUCGAUGAUGACGAGGUGAGGAAGUUAAAAGGGAACUGCGACAACAUCAAGAUGUCUGCAGAGAUCGGCCUCAGGCGGCCAAAGUGGCUGCGUGGGCGCUACAUGCUAGUGCGUUACGAGGACAUUGCCCGGUUCCCUAUGAGAAAGGCAGCUGAGAUGUACAGAUUUGCUGGAAUCCCGUUCACUCCUCAAGUGAAAUCCUGGAUCCUGAAGAACACCCAGGCCUCCAAGGAUACCAGUGGUGUUUACUCUACACAGAAGAACUCCUCAGAACAAGUAGAGAAAUGGAGGUUUAGCAUACCCUUCAAAAUAGCCCAGGUUGUACAGAAAGUGUGUGGGCCUACACUGAAACUUUUUGGGUACAAAUUUGUAAGUAGUGAAGAAAUGUUAACAGAUAAGUCUGUGAGUUUGAUCGAGAAUAAGGUUUUUAAUGUUUUAUAGGCCAACGGACCCAAACUCUGAAUCCUGAUGCAGGAAAACCAACAGUUUCUGGAAUGACUGAUAUUUUUUAGGGUCUUUCAUGCUGGUGCAGAGAGCUUUAUUUUUUUGAUAGCGUGCUAUUUAAAGAUUUUCACUAUUUAAAAUAGUUUGAUGAAGACAAUGUAUUGUUGGGCAGAAGAUCCAUAUAUUUAACUUUUAAAGCAAGGAAGUUGAAAACUGUAUAUAUGGGUAAAACAGGAAGCACGAUUAACCUAGGUUUUUGCACUCGAUCUGACGUAAAACUGUGUCACUGGCUUAUGCAAUCAGGAACUGAAUCCUAAGGUAGAUAGUUGUGGGCAUGUGAGCAAUAUAUGAGCUGUUUCAAAGACUUCCAGGUUCCUCAUUAGUUAUUAGUUUUUGUGCAGCAACUCCUGAGUUAGUCACAUAAGCUGCUUUUACACCAAAGAAACUUGAAAGGAGUUGAAAUGACAGAACGAGGAAAAUUCCAAUUCUAUGCAUGAGAUGUAAUGAAGUAACGCACCGGGCUCAAUCUAAUUAUUUUGAAUUUGUGCUGAAGUUUCAUGACUCCAGGUCGGAAUGUGCUCCACAGGUAUUUCCCCCCACACACACACACUGCGGGGGGGCACUUCUCUUGCACACGUACAUAGUAGUUUGCUUGUACGUAAUUGGCCAAAAAUCGUUUUAAGUUAUCCUUUGGAGCGUAAAGGACCCUUUCUGUCGAACAGAUGUUUACACUGCUACUGUAUUCAAACAUUCCAACUGCAGCUGGUUUGCAGGAUUGUGCGAGGUUUGUCAGCAGGUCCCUGUCUGUUGACUCAAGUCUCUUGACUCGUGAUAAAAAAAAGGGGCCCCCCGAUACUCAGGCCUGCCAGACUGUUUGAUGACAAUGUUCUAGUGUGUUCUUUUUUUUUAUUUGCUUGUUGCAAUAAACCAUCUUUUAAAAACUCAUUUUUAUAAAUUGAAAAUGUGGAAGUAUUGCAUCUGUAACUGUAGCUCUUGAGUUAGUUAAGUUGUGUGAAAAACUUUUACACCCGGAUGACAGAUGCAACGAUCACAGAGGAUAAGCAAUGACAACAGGAAGCAAAUGUGGCAGAUCAAAGAUACCCAGUUUGGGCGUAAAGUAAAAGGAACACAGACGCUGAGUAAACAGUUCCCAGUCAAUAAAUAUUCCGUUUGCAAAGCUCCUAAUAGCAGAACCCGUGCACUUCAAUCCCUGUUGUGGUGGAACUACCAGGGGGAUCACCAAAGCUAGCAAGAUUUAUCCCUUGGACACUGUGGAUAUCCGGACCACAAUUCAUAGCGAUCCUUAAAACACUCAAGACGUUUCACUAAAAAACAGAAAGGUCACCCUCACAGUGGGGCUGUAGGCAAAAAUUUCUGUUAAGCAUUUCAUGACAAUUCCUGACAUGUCCUUGUACUGUUGUUGUCCUGUACUACUACUCAUUGGAGACUAAGGGCUGUGUUUUGCUGGAAAAAAGAAAAAAAAAACUUGAAAAGCUGUGUGAGCAUCAGACUAGCAAUUGUAUAAUGGUGCUUUGAAGUGUUCCUCUUAUUUGGUCCAUUACUACUCACGGCUGGUUCCCAUUCAUUCUUUAUGCAUGUAAGAGUUUGUUGACGUGUUUUGUGCUUUGUGCAGAAAAAGAAGGAAAUCUAUAAAAGAAACAUUUCAUUUCAUAGCUUUGAGCUGUGAAACCCCUGCACUGUUUUCCAAGCCUCCUUUACUGUUUGUUUGACUGGUUAAUCGAAGCGUCUCUUGCCUUUUUUCAGUUCGGCCCCAUCUAUCCCAAAUGCUGAGGGCUUCUGCACACUGACUGGUUUGUGUCUGAGGCGGCAAGAGGGCAGGAGACUGUGGAGGCAGCUGCCUCGACUUCCAGUGUGUUUACCACCGAGGGCCUGGCUAUUUGAGUCUCCAAACCUAGUAAUUACCCCGAGCUUUACAUAUAAUGUGGUCCAAAUCGCUUUCGUCCACCUGACCCCACCCACUAGCAGAAAUGCAGACAGCCUGCCAUUUAUACCAUCUCUCUCUCUCUCUCUCUGACACGAUUCUUCUCUAUUUGUUAACGAGUUACUUUUUAUUUUAUCCACUCUUUCAUUCGUGCUCCCACACGUCGCUGAGCCAAGCCACCUCAGUGCUCUUGAAGUACAUUCACUCAUAUCAACAGAUCAUUAUGUGGUGAGUUUGGGCUGGUUGUUCUAUUUUUCGCUUUUAAAAAGAAGUGCUGCCAGGUCAGCAGCGUCUCAGCGUCAACCUAAUGAGGAGAGCUUCAGCAUUCAUAAACUCUUAUAUUGGACUGACUUUAUGUGGGACGUGUGGAGGGUGGAGUCACUGUAUGGUUGGGUAAAAUAUAGAAUAACCACUUUCCACUGAAUUAAAGCCUCCCCCCCCAAUCCAAACCUCCCGCCCCCACCCAGCGGUGAAAUGAGGGCAUUUAGGUAGCCCCACCCUCCUGCUCAGUUAUAUGGUACCCUGCCACAUCAACCGUGCAGGGUUUUGAAAUUUGCCAAAAGAGCCUGAGCGGAGGACCCGAGUGAUGCCACGCUGCGAGAUCAGAUCAACAGACAGAAAAUUGGGGUGAUUCAGACACGUCUCCAGGGGCACACGUGUAAUAAACGUGUGGCGUUUGUGGGACGAUAAUGAUAAUGACGGUUCAGGAAGAGACAUAAAUCUAAACUCACAGUGAAUUAUCUCGCGCUGAGGAAUGCAAUUCAUAAAAGUCAGGUUGUUGCAUGCGAGUGGGAGCAGAAUUUCGUCGCUCUAACCUAACUGCAAAAACCUGAUGAGAGAUGAGGAUGCACAUUCACUUUUUUCCUAUGUGUUCAUGUCCUGGAGAUGUCUUCUUUCCAACUAUACAUAAAAUCCAUAUGUGCUAAUUUUUUCAAGCACAUCGGCCGAAGCUGCUCUGUGGCAAACUUUACAUAAAGGAAGCACUUGUUGGAGAAUAUCAAACAAAAUUAGGCAGUGAAACAAGUUUUUUGUCGCCAUUUAUUGACACAAGAUCAAGUGGCAACUUUUAUUAAAGCCACACAUUUUUCUCAUUUUGGGCUUUAAUAGGAAACUGUAACCUGGGUGCCUUAAUUUGUUUUCGUUUCAGACCAUACACAGAGACAUCAAAGAUCUGAUGCGGUUUUCGUUUCUGUGCCGCGGCUGCACAGUUGCAGCAGUUUCAGUAACUCAAAUGUUUUUAAACACAAAAAACCGCAGCAGCACAUAGUGUACCAAUCUACGUACGUCCCGUCACAUCCUCUUAUUCUUAUCUUUGUACACUCAUGUCACCAGGAAGUAUGAAACUGUUCGAUAACGCUGUGUCACCGACGACUCUCCAAGUCAUCAUUGGGCAAUUUUUGUGCUGAAGAAAUUAAAACAUUUGUCAAAUUUUGU